CACCUAGAUAAUAUAAAUUUACGAAAAAAUUUAGUACACAUAAAGAUAGAAAGUAGUAAAUGUUUUAAACGUAUAAUGAGCAGCCAAGAAGAUAAUGCAAUAGAAUGUCCAGUUUGUUCUAAAAAAUUUUCUACCAUCGUAAUCGAGAAUCACGUUAGCAAAUGCCUUUUUCUUAACGAAUCAACUGGUAAUGAGAUAUCGAUGAAGAGAUCUUUCUCAAAGGAAGAUAAUUUUGUUAUAAAGAAGGCUAAGCAUAGUUUUGAAGGGAAUAUUCAAUCUUUUACUAAAUCGCCGUCAAGAUUAAGUAAUCAGGAUGGUUUUGAACACGAGAAAGAAAAAUCCACCUCUAAGAAUGCGCCCUUGACUAUUGCAGAUAGAAGAACGGUAUCAAAGGAUUCGGUUCCUCUUGCUGAAAAAAUGCGACCCGUUAAUAUUAUGUCUUACAUUGGACAAACACACGUGAUUGGACCGCAAAGUAUGUUAUAUCAAUUAUUAAGUAAAACUGAAAUACCAAAUAUUAUUUUGUGGGGUCCGCCGGGAUGUGGAAAGACAUCAUUGGCCAAUGUUAUAGCGAAUAUAUGUAAACACUGUCCUGGAGGGAAAUAUCGGUUUGUUAAGCUUUCCGCGGCGAUGUCUGGUGUGAGCGAUGUAAAAGAAGCCAUAACAAUUGCCUCUAACGAAUUAAAAUUUGGUCGCAGUACAGUUAUGUUUAUGGAUGAAAUACAUAGAUUUAAUAAAAUACAGCAAGAUAUUUUUUUACCACAUAUCGAAUCAGGCGUUAUUACAUUGAUUGGCGCUACUACCGAGAAUCCAUCGUUUAAUUUGAAUUCGGCUCUACUGAGUCGAUGUCGUGUUAUAGUUUUAGAGAAACUUUCUAUUGAAAAUUUGAUAACGAUAUUAGAGAAGGCGGUGCAAGCUUCAAAAGGAUUAAUAUGCGAUAUAACCCAAAAGAAAUCAUUAGGCGUGUCUAAUUCUUCAUGCGCUGACAGCAAAUUUUCAAUCGACAAGGACACGAUAAAAUGGUUAGCCGAAACUUCUGAUGGAGAUGCUCGUAUUGCUCUUGGUGGAUUAGAAUUAGCUAUACAAUCUCAAAUUUCUAAGAAUAACGAAGUUGCGAGUCAAGAUCUGACGCUACUCUCACUUGAUGAUAUUAAAGAGAGUCUGAAAAAAAGUCAUAUGUUGUACGAUAGAAAGGGCGAUCAACAUUUUGAUAUUAUAUCAGCUCUGCAUAAAUCUGUUAGAGCAGGCGAUGAAAAUGCUUCGUUAUAUUGGCUUACAAGAAUGAUGUCAGGAGGCGAAGAUCCUAUGUAUAUUGCUAGGCGAUUAGUUCGUAUGGCAAGCGAAGAUAUUGGCUUAGCUGAUCCAAAAGCUUUAGGUAUAGCUGUUCAUACAAUGAACGCUUGCAAAAUAUUAGGAAUGCCAGAAUGCGAUGUGUUGUUGGCCCAAUGUACAACAUAUUUAGCAAGAGCACCAAAGUCUCGCUUGAUGGAAGAUGCACUUAGAGCAGCUCAACAUUUGGUAUCGAACUACAGAGGUGCCCAACCGCCAGUUCCUCUUCACUUGAGAAAUGCACCUACAAAAUUGAUGAAAAAUCUUGAUUAUGGAAAAGGAUAUAAUAUGUUGAAUAAGAAUGAGUCUGGACUAAUUUAUUUGCCCGAAGAACUUAAGAAUAUCGAUUUUUUCAACGAAAAGUAAAUGCGUUAUGAGUUACUAUUAACUAUUUACUUUCAUU